GAUCAUAUAGCGCGCUAGUCUGCCAAAGAAAGUGAACACAGCCGGAGCUUGUGCGGUGUUUUCUAGCGGUGCAACUGCGGCAAGUUUUCACACCAGUUAUAGCGGACUGUUUACAACGCAGGAAAAAAAAUAAGAAGAAGCGACGAAUCAGCGCCACAUGCUCCCUCCCCCAUCCCGUUUGAAGCUCAUUGCGGCUGCUUUAAUCUCACUCAUUUUGCACACGAAGGAUCUAUGAAGGAGCACGCAUCUUUUUCAACCUGCACGCCAGACAGAGGGAACAAGGAGUGACCAACCCCCGUUGCCCCCAUGCCGGGCAUAAGCUCCUCUGCUGCGUCUCAUUAUGACAACUGGGACAUGGACCACCUGGACCACUACCAACAUUAUUUCUAUGACGACCACAACCCUGAUGAGGAUUUUUUCAAGUCCACAGCGCCCAGUGAGGACAUAUGGAAGAAAUUCGAGCUGGUGCCGACCCCGCCCAUGUCCCCUAUCCGGGCGGUGGAAGGGUCAGGCAGGUUGGUGUGUCCAACUCUCGGGGACAAACUGGAGUGGGUGUCACAGUUUUUGGGGCAGGAGGAUGAACAACAACAACAACAACAACAACAACAGCAGCAGGACCUGCCCUGCAAAGUGACCCCGGCCAGCGACUCCAUUGGGAACCUAAGCUCCAUCAUCAUCCAGGACUGCAUGUGGAGCUGCUUCUCUGCUGGCCAGCAGCUGGAGAGAGUUGUAGGGGAGCGCUGUCUCUCCUGCCCCACGAGGGGGGCGGCUGCCAAGGUUGGGUCCACCGGGGCGUCACCGGGGAGGGUGCAGGGUGUCCCUGCUGAUGCGCCGGCUCUCAGCUGUCUUGCAGCGGAUUGUGUGGACCCGGCUGCCGUGCUCACCUUCCCUUUGAAUACCUGCAAGAAGCAAGUGUCCUCUGGGUCCGAGUCUCACACAGACUCAUCAGAUGAUGAGGAUGACCAAGAUGACGAGGAAGAGGAGAUCGAUGUGGUGACGGUGGAGCACAAGCAGCAACAGCGCAAACCCCGCCGACUGGUCAACGCUCGCAAACCGGUGACCAUCACAGUGAGAGCGGACCCCCUGGACCCCGGCAUGAAGCGUUUCCACAUAUCCAUCCAUCAACAGCAGCACAACUAUGCCGCCCCCUCCCCGGACACCCUUCCGCCGGCGGUGGAGCCGCCCCGUAAGAGAGUCCGCCAAGAGGCCUCUACACAUGCGCUCCACCUUCAGAGCCAGAACUGCCACCAGCCUCGGCUUGGCCACGCCCCCUUGAAUUUGGACAGCAGACGGUCUCAAGUGACUGUGGCCGAGUCGCCCAACCUCAAUGCCUCCUCACCUACCUCCUCCGCAUCGCCUUCUUCUCCUCCUUGCUCCUCCUCCUCCUCAUCCUCCUCUUCAUCGCCCCACUCAAAACCCCACCACCUCCCGCACCUUUCCAGCCCCCAGUCCUCCGACUGCGAGGACACGGACAGGCGCAAAGCUCACAAUUUCCUGGAACGCAAGCGACGCAAUGACCUGCGCUCGCGCUUCCUGUCGCUGCGGGAUGAGAUCCCGGGCUUGGCGGACUGCCCCAAGACGCCCAAGGUGGCAAUCCUGACGCGGGCCACAGAGUACCUGCAGCAGCUGCACGCCAGCGAGAGGCAGAAGGUUCAGGAGAGGAAGCAGCUGAAGACCAAGCAGCUGCAGCUGCUGCAGAGGCUGGCGCAGCUCAAACGAUCCUGAGCAUGGACGGCCUCAGAGCUGAACAGGACUAAAUGAAGGACAAUAAGAUCACGUUGGAAAUGCGCGGGUGGAUUUUUCUUUUUUUGGGGGGCGGGUCGUAUUUUUGUGGUUUGCACAUUUUAGCUUCUGAGUCAGGCCGUAAGCCAGUCCAAACAACAAGCUUUCAGACUGAUGUGUCCUUGGUUAUCACUAUAAGUUGAUAUUUUGUCCCCCUGCUAAUUAAAUGUUACAGCAAAUUGACACUGAUCAAGUGCUGCAUGGUGGGGCUCUGUGUGAUGUCUAUCAGACGGAAAGGUCCCCUGAAGAAUCAGCUUCUUUCUUGCUUACAUCAGACCUUUUUUUUUUUUUUCUCAAUUUUGUGCCAUUCUCCACACACACCUCACAAACGGGUGACCAUUUGUAGUUCCAAUUAAGUGCAACUUAUUUCUUUUUUCCCUCUAUUUGCAGCAGCAUUGCGCUCACAGAAACGGCCUGAUUUGUAGCAAGGUAACAAUGUAAGCUCCCGUUCAGAUGUCAUGUGUUUUGUUUUUUUUCCCAACUAGAUUGUAAAAAAAAAAAAAUAAAUAUUGUGCCAUGAAGACCAGCCAAAAGUUGAAUGUCCGCUUCAGUAUAUCAACCAAAUCUCUAGAGAAUGGCUUAAAUUUCAUUUUUUGAUGCCAACUGUUUAAAAUGAAGCCCCUGUAUAGCUCUCAUCUUGCUAUCUAAUUAUUAUAUUUGUAAAUGUUAAUUUUCAUUGGCUGUGAAUGCCAAUAUAAGAAGCCUUUCAAUAUUGGCUGUUGUGUACAUAGUGCCCGUUUCUGUACAGUCCCUUCCAAACCAAAACCAGAGCUGAGUACUAUACGCAUCCUAGUUUUUGUUUUCUUCUUCAGCCUUGCGUCUUAAAGCUUAUUGGCUUUUCAGAGAUAACUCAAAGCUUCUAUUUUUGUUAAUAAAAAAAUAAAACACUGAGUGAACAUUAAUAACACGGGACAACUUCUGUCACAUUUUCUUCAGCAAUGCCUCCUUGUUUGUGUCUUCUGUGUCUUGGCUCUUUUUUUUUUAAUUUGUAAAAGUCACAUGACAAAGUUUUAUACUAUAUUUUCCUACAAAGCUGUGUUCAGUGUGAGCUUGAUUUGUUUAAGUAGCUGAUGGGGAUUUGCUGGUGGUUCUGUGCUGAAAAUUGACGUCUGGAAAAAGAAAAAUCUGGAGCUGUAGCAUUUUCUUAGGUGAGGAUGGAUGCUAGGAACCAAGGGUGCGGUAUUACUGACUGUACUUUUACUGCUUUUGUGUUGUUUUUAUGCAAGCUUGGUGCUGCUCCCCGUAGUCCAGAAGCCAUAAAACACAGAUGUUCUUCACUUUUGUGCUGUAAAACAUUCAAAGUAGUUUGUCCAGCCUUUGCCAGCACUCAGGAAUAGUUUUUCGCUUGUAUGCCGCUGUAUGUAACAACCUCAGGAGCCCCCGUUCCCCAGGAGAUCAUCAGAUCAGAGGCAUGGUGAUCAAUGUUCCCACCUUUCCCGCAUCCUUCCUCUGCAUUAGCCGUGGUAAUCUCUGUUAAUGAAUUCAGCACCAACCACCAGUUUCCCUUAUUUUCUUUUCUUUUUUCUUUUUUUUUUUUUUUUUUAAUAUUUGAGUUGUAUUGGUUGCCUGAUGUGGACGUUGCAUAUACUUGUGCAGUUCUACUAUGGUGAUUAUUGGAGCCUUGUCUCAGCACUUUUUUUCUGUACCUCAUAAGCCUAUAUGUAUGAAGAGUAAGUCGGAAUAAAUUGAAAUUGUUUGACAUCACU